CGGUGCCGGAUGAGGAGACUCUGAGGGGAAGUUUGGCCGCCGCCGCGGGCCCCGUGAGGAGGAGCCGCCGCCGGGAGCGCGGGCCCGGCACCGCCGCGCCGCCAUGGGCAACCGGGGCAUGGAGGAGCUCAUCCCGCUGGUCAACAAGCUGCAGGACGCCUUCAGCUCCAUCGGCCAGAGCUGCCACCUCGACCUGCCGCAGAUCGCCGUGGUGGGCGGGCAGAGCGCCGGCAAGAGCUCGGUGCUCGAGAACUUCGUGGGCCGGGAUUUCCUCCCCCGUGGCUCCGGGAUCGUCACUCGCCGGCCUCUCAUCCUGCAGCUCAUCUUCUCCAAGACGGAAUAUGCCGAGUUCCUGCACUGCAAAUCCAAGAAGUUCACGGACUUCGAUGAGGUCCGGCAGGAGAUCGAGGCCGAGACCGACCGGGUGACGGGCACCAACAAGGGCAUCUCCCCCGUGCCCAUCAACCUGCGCGUGUACUCCCCCCACGUGCUGAACCUGACCCUGAUCGACCUGCCGGGGAUCACCAAGGUGCCCGUGGGGGAUCAGCCGCAGGACAUCGAGUUCCAGAUCCGGGACAUGAUCCUGCAGUUCAUCAGCAGGGAGAGCAGCCUCAUCCUGGCCGUCACACCGGCCAACAUGGACCUGGCCAACUCGGACGCGCUCAAGAUGGCCAAGGAGGUGGAUCCGCAGGGGCUGAGGACCAUCGGGGUCAUCACCAAGCUGGACCUGAUGGACGAGGGCACCGACGCCCGGGACGUGCUGGAGAACAAACUGCUGCCCCUGCGGAGAGGCUACAUCGGCGUGGUGAACCGCAGCCAGAAGGACAUCGAUGGCAAGAAGGACAUCCGCGCCGCGCUGGCGGCCGAGCGCAAGUUCUUCCUGUCGCACCCGGCCUACCGGCACAUGGCCGAGCGCAUGGGCACGCCGCACCUGCAGAGGGUCCUCAACCAGCAACUCACGAACCACAUCCGCGAGACGCUGCCGGCGCUGCGCAGCAAGCUGCAGAGCCAGCUGCUGUCGCUGGAGAAGGAGGUGGAGGAGUACAAGAACUUCCGUCCCGACGACCCCGCGCGCAAAACCAAAGCGCUGCUGCAGAUGGUGCAGCAGUUCGGGGUGGACUUUGAGAAGAGGAUUGAGGGCUCAGGAGACCAGGUGGACACCCUGGAGCUCUCCGGGGGCGCCAGGAUCAACCGGAUUUUCCACGAGAGGUUCCCCUUCGAGCUGGUGAAGAUGGAAUUCGACGAGAAGGAUUUGAGGCGGGAGAUCAGCUACGCCAUCAAGAACAUCCACGGGGUGAGGACGGGGCUGUUCACACCAGACCUGGCCUUCGAGGCCAUCGUCAAGAAGCAGGUGGUGAAGCUGAAGGAGCCGUGCCUGAAAUGCGUGGAUUUGGUGAUCCAGGAGCUCAUCAACACCGUGCGCCAGUGCACCAGUAAGCUGGGCUCCUACCCCCGGCUGCGCGAGGAGACCGAGCGCAUCGUCACCACGCACAUCCGCGAGCGCGAGGGCAAGACCAAGGAGCAGAUCCUGCUGCUCAUCGACAUCGAGCUCUCCUACAUCAACACCAACCACGAGGAUUUCAUCGGCUUCGCCAACUGUUUCACUGAGCAGCACGUGGCCACCGGCGCGCAGCAGCGGAACACGCAGACCAACAAGAAGAGAGCCAUCCCCAACCAGGGGGAGAUCCUGGUGAUCCGCCGGGGCUGGCUCACCAUCAACAACAUCAGCAUCAUGAAGGGCGGCUCCAAGGAGUACUGGUUCGUGCUGACGGCGGAGUCGCUGUCCUGGUACAAGGACGAGGAGGAGAAGGAGAAGAAGUACAUGCUGCCUUUGGAUAACCUGAAAAUCAGGGACGUGGAGAAGGGCUUCAUGUCCACCAAACACAUCUUCGCCAUCUUCAACACGGAGCAGAGGAAUGUGUACAAGGACCUGCGGCAGAUCGAGCUGGCCUGCGACUCCCAGGAGGACGUGGACAGCUGGAAAGCCUCCUUCCUCAGGGCGGGGGUCUACCCCGAGAAGGACCAGACGGAGAGCGAGGACGGCGCCCAGGAGAACACCUUCUCCAUGGACCCCCAGCUGGAGAGGCAGGUGGAGACCAUCCGCAACCUCGUGGAUUCCUACGUGGGGAUCAUCAACAAAUCCAUCCGGGACCUGAUGCCAAAGACCAUCAUGCACCUCAUGAUCAACAAUACCAAGGAUUUCAUCCACUCGGAGCUGCUGGCCUUCCUGUACUCGUCGUCGGACCAGAGCAGCCUGAUGGAGGAGUCGGCGGAGCAGGCGCAGCGGCGGGACGAGAUGCUGCGCAUGUACCACGCGCUCAAGGAGGCGCUGGCCAUCAUCGGCGACAUCAGCACCAGCACCGUCACCACGCCCGUGCCCCCGCCCGUGGACGACACCUGGCUGCAGCCCGGCGCCGGCCACAGCCCGCCCCCGCAGCGCCGCCCGCCCUCGGCCCUGCUGCCCCCGGGCCGCCCCCCGUCCCUGCGCGCCCCGGCGCCGGGGCCGCCGCUGCUGCCGCUGCCCGGGGGGGCCCCGGCCGGGCCGGCCCCGCCCGCCUUCGCCGCGCCCCCCCAUCCCGUCCCGCCUCGGCCCCUUCGCCGCCGCCAGCGACCCCUUCACGGCCCCGCCCCAGAUCCCCGCCCGGCCCGCGCGGAUCCCGCCCGGGAUCCCGCCCGGGGUGCCCAGGAGGCCCCCGGCGGCCCCGAGCCGCCCGACCAUCAUCCGCCCGGCCGAGCCCUCCCUGCUGGAUUAACCCCGGGAUCCGCAGGAUCCACCGGGACCCACCACCCCCCGUGGGAUCCACCGCCCCCCGCGCCGCCACCACCGCCCUCGGAACGGGAGAGACGGGGGGAAAUGGGAAAAAACGGGAAAAAAUCAACUUGGAGCCAGCCCGGGGCUCCUGGGGCUGAUCCCAGAUCCUGGGGCUGAUCCUGGGGUGAUUCUGGGGCUGAUCCCGGAUCGUGGGGCUGAUCCCAGAGUGAUCCCAAAUCUUGGAGCUGCUCCUGGGCUGAUCCCAGACCCCAGGGUGAUCCUGGUCUGAUCCCGGAUCCCGGGCUGAUCCCGGGGUGAUCCCGGGCUGAUUCCUGAUCCCGGAUCCCAUCCCAGGCCGAUCCCGGAUCCCGUCGCGGCGGGGGCAGCUCCCGGGCAGGUCCCAGCAGCUGAUCCUGGCAGCUCCGGGGCCCCCCCGGUGCCCCCCGGGCCGGGGCGGUGACGGAUUGUGGGGGUGGGGGUGGGAACUUUGCACUUUGUCAGAAUUCCCGAGGGGGGAGGGCCCGGCCCCGCCUCUGCCUUCCUCCCCCCUCCUCCUCCUCCUCCUCCUCCCCCGUUCCCGAAUUCCGGGGAUUCUGCCCCAAAUUCACCCACGGCUCCUCCCCCCGCCCCACCCAGGGGUCAGGAUUGGGGUUUGGGGUUGGUUUUUUUUGUUUUGUUUUUGGGGUUUUUUUAAAGAAUUGGGGUUUGUGAGCAGGGGAAAACACUGGAAUUCCCAGAGGGAUUCAGCAGCGAUCCCAAAUCCCUGAGAACCUCAGGAAUUUCAUCCCAAUUCCCUGAGAGCCUCAGGAAUUUCAUCCCGGGAAUUACCCGGGAGAUGAGGAGGAGGAGGAGGGGGAGGGAGGAAGAUGUGCCCUCCCCCGUUCCCGAUCCCGCUCCGCCGGGAGCCGAGGUUGUAAAUAUUUUUACAGACUUGUAUUAAUUGUAUAAAAAAAAAAAGCCCACAAAAAAAAACAAGAGGGGAAAAAUGAAAAAAAAAAAAAAAAAAACACAAAAAGAAACAAACCAGGAAAAAAAAAAAAGAAAAAAAAACAGAAAAAGGAAAAAAAAAAACCAAAUCGCGGCCCAGCAAUAAUGUGGAUUUUUCCAACCCCCCCCCGGCCCCGGUGCCUUAACGACCCCCCGGCUCGGGGGGGCCAAUUAAUCCAUUAACGAGCCGGGGGCGGUUUUGGGGGGGCGGCUCCGGCCCCCCCCGGGGGUCCCCCCGAAGUGCCUCCGCUCCGCGUCCCAUUAAUGAACUAAAAACCGGCAAAAAAAUCCGAAUAAAGGGAAAAAAAAAAAUCCAAAA